GCCAGCACAAAAUGGCGAACCGGAAACAUUAAAUGAGUGAUCGUAAAAAUAAACAAAUGAUGAGGUUUUUGAAGAGCUUUCAUUUAUACUAAUUGUUGACAUGAUGAAGUACAGAGACUUUCUUGUGGAGAAAGGUCCCUGACCCUACUUACAUGAUGCUGUUUCAGCCAUUUCUUGUGGUUGUCUUGAGCGGGAUAGCUGUCGACUCCACCCCAUUCCGAUUCAAACAUGCCAUAUCCCACCCACCUAUAACGACCGAUGGAGAGAACCCAGCAGGUGAAGAGCUGGGAGACAAGGGAGAUAGUUAUGACCCCAACAAGGAGUGGUUCCAAUAUUCAAAGGGGUUGUGUCCCUUGGGUCAGGUUCCUCAGAGAAAUGAAACAGUCUGCUGUUUGCCCACGGCUUGUCCUCCUAAUAAAUCGGUAAAGGCCUGCCACGUAAAUGGAACAGAAGAUACAUGCGUCGUCUGCCAGCAAGGUUACAUUCAACCAAACAACAUUUCUUCCCUCAAUAUGUCCAAUGCUGCCUGCUUCUUGAAGACAAGGAAACAUGACAUGUGUCCUAUCGAGGAGUUUAAGAUGGCCGCAACUGGUAAAUACUCAGUUCACCUACCGUACCCUUGCGAGUGCAACACAUUGGAUUGUAGAUGGCCUCGGCCUCAAAGUCAACAAGUGGCGACCUGCAGGAUUGUUGACCCCUGCGAGCCCGGCUUCACUCUAAAACCGUAUACAGGAGUUUGUGAGCAGUGUCGAUGGUUUGAGCACAAGCUGGAGUCUGGCUGUCAUCCCUGCGCCAUUAACAUCACACUGCUUAGACAAGGUCAUCCAGACAACAGUACCAUUCCACCAACAUCUACGACACCUAAGCCAGAAACAACACCUACGACACCUAAGCCGGAAACAACCACCGAAUUGGUUUCAACGCAGGAAACUGAAGAGCCGAAAGAUGAUCCCAAGACAUUAAUAAUGACAGUGCUAAUUGUAGGAGGACUACUAGUGCUCAUCAUUGUGAUGUCGAUAGUAAUUGGCUGUGGUUUUUUCUUUAAACAUAGAAGACCAGGCAGUGGAGGAAUAUGUGACAACACAGACUCCAAUGAUUCUUUGUUGCCUAGCAACCCUUCUUCCCCGGUUACCCCAACCACUACAACAUAUCCAUUUACACAUCUGAUUUCUACGAGUGAACCUUUAAGUAAUGGAACAAAUGGUUAUCUCCCGAAUGGCGUGCAAUUAUUUUCAAAUGGUGUGCUAUAUAGUGGCCACCUGCCUUCUGUAUUGGUUAGCGUGAAUGGAACAUUGCCAAAUGGCAAUGCAAAUGUUAACUCUCAAGUUAUAAGGGAUGGGAAUGGCAAUGUUAAUUCUUACAUUGUCAAUAGUGAAGGUCAAGUACUGUUGAAGGGUGGUGAUGACAAAGAUUUUGUGAGCGAAUCUGACGGAAACCGACCCAGAAAUUUGGAGAUUGGAAAUGGCCACAUACCUACUGGUAGAGGAACAGCUAAUGGGAUAUGUCGGUUGUAUAAUGGGACUGGUGUCUCUAAAGAUGGGAACAUAGUGUCAGAUCUUCAAGAACUUGGCGUUACUCCAAGGAAUGCCACUGAUGACAGCGCAGGUGAAUUUGCUGAAGUCCUGACCGAUGAAACUAGGGCAAAUAUUGCCAAUGUUCAACAUCUCAGAGCACCAGGAGAUGGUGUUAAACCUACAAAAGAUUCCAAUAAGGAAAAUAGUAUAAAUUCUGUGAAUUCGGAAAUGCAGCAUUAUAUGGAUCACCUUAAUGCUACUGAGGCUAGUGGAGAAAAAGUAAAUGAUAUGAGUAAGGAACAGUUAAACACCAGCAUUUUAAGACAAGCAAUGGAGAAAGGUGAUUUGGAUGUGUCCCUAAUACAUUCUCCAGACAAUGAUAAGGAUCAUUCAGAUGCUGAACGGACAUAUAUAUGUAUGGACUCUGAGGCUGGUAGGAAGGCAGUUAUUGGGAAAUAUGGGGAUCUUGAUACUCAAUCUGGUGUUAAAGGUGGUUCAAAGCUGAAAGACUCUGUUAGUGUUAGUGGAAAUAAGUCACACGUUAAAGCUGUUAGUGUUAGUGGAAAUAAGUCAGAUGUUAAAGCUGAAGCUGUAGGUUUGAGAGAAUUUGCUAGUUCUGGUAUGAUAAAACAAGAAUCUGCAGAUGACAGGAACGUCACAUUCAAAGAUGCUAAACCAGACAUCGGCAAAAGAGAAACAAGACAAAAAACAAAUGGUGGUAUUGUAUUCAAUAAAUGUAAGAUUAAUUGUACCACCUUAAUCAUAAAUAAUGGAACUGGUAAUGGCCAACCAGAUGUUGAAUUUGAUGACUCUGAAGAAAGUGAUGGUAGCUCGGCAAGUGACCCAGAUAGUUCUGAUGGUGACUCUUUAAAUGAAGAAAGAAAGGCAAAAAUUUCUGAAAAACAGAAUGACAUAAAUGCAUCUGAAAAAAUGCUUAACAUUAAACCAAGACCAGAAUUAUCUAAAUCUGAUAGUGAAAACAGUGAAAACGAUGAAAAUGGCAAAACGAAUAAAUUUUAUGAUACUGGAGAAAAUAAUUACACUGAUACAAAAAAUGACAAGUUUGACGAAAGUGUGUAUAAAGGUGAAUUAAAGGUUAAGUUGCCAAAAGAAUCAACAAACAAUGACGAUCAAGAAACACCAGUUACAGAUUCAUUCGAGGAAACUCAUCCCAUGACACUGGUUAAUCCUCAGCCCACAACACUUAAGUACCUGCCUAGCAUGAACAGAAAAGAUACAGCUAGACCCAUUGGAGUUGUUUCUCCAAUCCAAGCACCUGUACAAGGUCAUCCUCUACGUCCCGAAAAUUCGUUCAGUGAAGGCCAACCAUCCUCCAUGAUUUAUGGAGUUGCUCACUUUAGUGAACAAUCAGAUAUUGCUGAUGGUAGGCAGUUAGACUCUUUAGUUCAUAGCAAUAGACUUCCUCGUAACCAUAGCAACCGUGUUGAAUCUGGAAUACACUCUCCUGACAAUCAUCAGGCUGUUAGUGGUGGGAACUCUUCAGUGAGGUCUAGUGGAGGUACGAAUACUCCUUCCCACCUCCGAAUGGAUGAGCUGAAGAGUUAUCCAUUGGAGGGUGAAUCAAAUAGUGGUGAUAUGAAUGGUGAUAGUUUGUUACCUGAAUCUUCCCUUGAAGUAAAUUAUAAUGUGGUGACAGACAGUGGAUUAGGGGAUGAUGUAGCAGGUAGAAACAAUGAACAAUCCAAUAGCUUGGACAGGAAUGUGCCAAAUGUUCUGGAAAGGCAAGAACCAGAGGGUAUGUCCUUUACUGGGGAAAGUGACCAUACCAGAAGAAAUUCUGUGGAUGAUUCAGAUAUGAAUCAGACUAGGGUAAAAGAGGUUUACUCAGAUUGAUGGAAGGACAUAUUCUGGGAGUAGAUGAGAUAGGUUUUAUUAUUAUGUCUCCCCCUCUCGGGGGAGACAUAUUGUUUUUGCCCUGUCCGUCAGUCCGGUAGUCCGGUAGUCCGUCAGUCCGUCAGUCCGUCAGUCCGUCCGUACGUCACACUUCGUUUCCGAUCGAUAACUGGAAAACCGCAUGACCUAGGAUCACCAAACUUGGUAGGGAGGUUGGUCAUGAGGUGUAGAAGAUCCCUAUUGUUUUUGGGGUCACUAGGUCAAAGGUCAAGGUCGCGGCGACCCCCAAUGUAAAAAACAUUUCCGCUCAAUAUCUUGACAAUGGUUUGACCUAGGUUCACCAAACUUGGUAGGGAGGUUGGUCAUGAGGUGUAGAAGAUCCCUAUAGUUUUUGGGGUCACUAGGUCAAAGGUCAAGGUCGCGGCGACCCCCAAUGUAAAAAACAUUUCCGCUCAAUAUCUUGAGAAUGGUUUGACCUAGGUUCACCAAACUUGGUAGGGAGGUUGGUCGUGAGGUGUAGAGGAUCCCUAUUGUUUUUGGGGUCACUAGGUCAAAGGUCAAGGUCGCGGCGACCCCCAAUGUAAAAAACAUUUCCGCUCAAUAUCUUGAGAAUGGUUUGACCUAGGUUCACCAAACUUGGUAGGGAGGUUGGUCGUGAGGUGUAGAGGAUCCCUAUUGUUUUUGGGGUCACUAGGUCAAAGGUCAAGGUCGCGGCGACCCCCAAUGUAAAAAACAUUUCCGCUCAAUAUCUUGAGAAUGGUUUGACCUAGGUUCACCAAACUUGGUAGGGAGGUUGGUCGUGAGGUGUAGAGGAUCCCUAUUGUUUUUGGGGUCACUAGGUCAAAGGUCAAGGUCGCGGCGACCCCCAAUAUAAAAAACAUUUCUGCUCAAAAUCUUGAGAACGGUUUGACCUAGGUUCACCAAACUUGGUAGGGAGGUUGGUCAUGAGGUGUAGAAGAUCCCUAUUGUUUUUGGGGUCACUAGGUCAAAGGUCAAGGUCGCGGCGACCCCAAUGUAAAAAACAUUUCCGCUCAAUAUCUUGAGAAUGGUUUGACCUAGGUUCACCAAACUUGGUAGGGAGGUUGAUCAUGAGGUUUAGAAAACUCCUAUAUUUUGGGGGGUCACAAGGUCAAAGGUCAACGUCGCUGUGACCUCUAAUGUAAAAAAAUAUUUCCGUGCAAUAUCAGGAGAAUGCUUUGAUCUAGGUUCACCAAACUUUGAAGUGAGGUUGGUCAUGAUGUCUAGUUGAUUUUGCAAUCAGUUGGUCAAAGGUCAAGGUCACUGACCUUGAGGUGAAGAACCGGUUUCUGCUCAAUAACUCAAGAACGUUUACACCCAGGAACUUCAUACUUGGUAUGCCAGUUAGUCAUGACUAGUUGAUGGCCCCUAUUGAUUUUGGGAUCCAUCAUUGAUUAUUUCUCACCUACGACCACACAAUGGGGGAGACAUGCGCUUUUUCACAAAGCAAUCUCUAGUUAUUGAUUGUUAUUAUUGAGUGACACUUUGAGGAAAUAAUAUCAUUUCACAUCCUGUGGUUUAAAGCUACACAGAUGGAACGUUUUGACAACUUCAUUAUUUUUUGUAUUGAAACGAGCCAAUUUUUGCGAAAAUCCAUGGAAAUCAGUUAUACAAGACUGCUGACCAAAAAUUAGAUCGCAGAUUUUAAUAUUUAAGUUCAAAAAUUGAUGUUUUAUGCAUUUUUCUUAAACCGUUAGUAAUGGUUUAAGCCAUAAAACAUUAUUUUUCUAACGUGAGUUUAUCGCAAAACAAUUUGCUUCUUCUUGGAUGUUAGCUUGUUUCAUUGUAAAAUUUGAAUACAUAGAAUGCUGGGAAGAAAAAUUUAUGAUGUCAUUUCGUGUAUGAAGUCAUGUUAUUAUGGCAAAUACAUGUAUAUGGCCCAAUUUUCUGAAUAUAUAUAUUUUUUUCUAUGGAUUAUAAGCAUGGAAUGAGAUAGAAAGUUUGUUUCAGUGUAAGAUUGCAAUAGUUUUCACCUCAUAGAUACCAAACAUAAAUAUUUCACUUUUGACAUAAAUACAUAAAGAUUUCACCUUUGACAUAAAUAUUUCACCUUUCACCUUUGACAUAAAUAUUUCACUUUUGACAUGAAUACAUAAAGAUUUCACCUUUGACAUAAAUAUUUCACCUUUCACCUUUGACAUGAUAUUUCACCUUUGACAUAAAUACCUUUGGCUACGCUGCUCAUUGAAAUAAUUUUUGGUGCUCACUAUGUCAAAAAUAUUGCUUUCUUAAAUAGAAACGAAAAGUUAUCCUCUAUAUGUGAAAACAUAUAGAUUUUUAAGCAUUAUGCUAUUGUUAAAGAUGAAGUUGAAUUGUUAGGUACCAAUUGUUUAGUGUUAAGUUUAAGACCAACCAUAUUUCCAUAAUUAUGCUUAUGCGCCUUUUAGUAGGGCAAAAAGUACAGUAUUCUUGUAAUUGUUAUGCCUAAUUGUUAAAAUUUGUAACAUUUGAAAUACAAAAUAUUUUUACAAUAUUCUGAAGUUUUUUUAUGGAUUUAUGGACUGUUUUUAGAAAGAUAUUUUUCAUGGAUUUAUUUCAUAUAACAUAUAUUUGUUGUUUUGCUAAAUCUUCUUCCAUACGGAACCAUAUUUAUUUUUUCUCCCUUUUGUAUAGGUUUUUGUUAAAUGCAUUUACACCUAUGUACAAUGGAUUCAGUUGAUUUUUUACCAUAAAACGAUGCAAUUGUCAUAAUGCCUACAUAACUUUUAUGUAAUAUUUUUUUUAUUGUCAGUUUUCGUGUCAACCUGCAUGGCAGACACAGGAAUUGCUUUGUCCAUCGUUGUAAUUCUUUGUCCAUAUUAAGUGUCAUAUGCUUUGAUUUUAAAUGGAAUUUUCGCUUGUCUGUUUUUCGGAAAAAAGGGGUUUGAGGUAUUAUGUCAUUAGCUUCGUGUCAUUGUCAUCAGUUGCGUGCAAAUACUUUCAAGAUAUUCAAAUGAAACUUGGUAAGAAAAUUCCCAGAGACGAUACAUACAUAUACAGCAAGGCCCAUUACUCUGGCUUCAAUAAAUGUUCAGUGAUACCAUUUUUUGAAUGCAAAAAACAGCAAGAAUGGAUGAGUGUUUGCCUUAAAAAGUCCUUUCUCAUGUACAAUUUCAUUUUUAGCUCUACUGGCCAAAGGCCAGAAGAGCUUAUGCGAUGGUAAUGUGUAUGUAGUAUGUGCGUCUGUAAACAACCUUUAGUUUUGAUUGUAUAUCGAUGAAACUUGUACAGUAUCUACAUAUCCAUUAGAGAUUGGUUCCUUUCGAAAACCAGCCAGAUCCGCCCAUGCAUGCCUAGAUUAUGGGCCUUGAUAGUAUGGAGAGUGCAAUAUGUUCGCUUUCUAGAUGAAAGAAAGAUUUUUUACAUUUUAUUCAGAAUUUGAUUUAUUUCUUAAAUUGUCAAUUUAGUGUUUCUUCUAGGCCUUUUACACAAGACAUCGCAAAGUGCUGUCCUUAAGACUCCCUGAAAUGUGGCUUGCUGCCCAAUCUAAAAUUCCCAAUUAGAAUCAAAAAAAGUCUAUGAAGUUAUGAAGUUUUAAGGGUAUAUAAGGUUUAAGCUAGAGGGUCAACUGAGGGUGCUGCACCCUGUCCCUUUGGAAAAAACCCUUUUGCCCUUAUGAAGACCAGAACGUGCACCCUCCUGCCCUAAAUGAAUUAAAUGCUUUAAUAAAACAAUGAAAUAUUUCUUUUGUUUUGAUUAAAACUUGAAAUAUGAUUAUGAAUUCAAACAAACUUAACCUUUUUAGUACUUGAAACCUAAUAUUACGUCAAAUAAGCACAAUUUCUAAAAUUUUCUAUGAAAUUCAUAUUGCUUUAAUUAUUCGCUGCCGGAUAUAAUGUGCCCUUUUGUCCCGCAACACAGCAACCUUGCCUUUUUUAAAACCUGACUAAAUCCCUAGUGUAGGUCACCCCCCCCCCCCAAAAAAAAAAAUAAAUAAAUAAAUAAAAUGAAUAAAAAAUAACUGAGUCCUAUGCAUUACUAACAGAUGUCAGGUUAAACUUUGUAUUUAUUUAGAUGACAUGUCAGAUAUAUCAGAUGUGUGAGGGUACUUUUACCAAUUUUAAGGAAAACUAAACUGUGACGCCUAAAAGUAAUGCCCUUUUUAAACAGAGGUACCUUGCCAGACCUGGAAGAAACACUACAGUUUAAGAAUGAUCAAAUUUGAAAUUUUAAAAAGUAUUUUGAUUGUCUAAAUGUAUACAUAUAUGUUUAAUAAUGUUGAUAAAACAGUAUGAACCAGAAUGUUUUAAUAAUUGUAUAUAUAUAUAUACAUCUCUGAUAUAAAUGUGAUAUUAUUUUACAAACUUUAAGUCUGAAAAUAUCAUAAAUAUGCAGAACUUUAUGAUAUAUGUCGUGUGUCAAUGUCAUUAAAUCUUGAUUAUAAUAUGCAAUGACAUCAUUUUGAAAGUGCUGGAAUUUGCCUCAUGUACAAAGUCAUUUAAGUGUUACUCUGUAAGCUGUCUUUUUUAGUUCUUUAUGUUUUUAACAGGUUUCAUGUCUUCUAUGUACUGCUUAAUGUAAUACGAUUAUUUCAUAUCGGUCUGGUUAAAUAUGAUAAUAAAUCGACUGGCUGAGGCGAUAAUCGAACAAAGGGCAUGGCCCAUCAUUCAUAUCAUUUCAUGAGGUCAAUCAAUCAUCUUGCUGCUUGAAAAUAGGCUGGCUGAAAACUGAAAUCAUAAAAAUUGUGUAGUAUUAUUGAGUAAUAUUGGUUCCACAAUUCUGAUAGGAAUUAACUAUGCUGCUUGAUCUGUGAUAAAUUCAGGUAUUGACUCUUUGGCACAGCUUAUGAGUGAAUGAACUCAAAUGAUUUUUUAAUUGCGGUGAAUUUUGUCAAAUCAGAUAAAACAAAUUGGGUUGGCAAGUAUUUGCUUGUAACUAAAUUAAAAACUGUGAAUAUGAUCGAAUUAAAUGCUUUGAUUUCUGAAUGCACGUUAAAGAUUGCAUGAAUUGUGUUCUCUUCAUUAGGGUUAGUUGAUGGUUGUACAAUAAUAAGUAUAUUUUAUGUGUUUCCAGUACUGAUUGGAAAAUCCUACCGAAAGCAUGCAUGGAAGCUGGAAACGAGGCUUAUAAAUUUUGAAUGUUUGAAACCCAACGUUAUUAACUGCCGUAAUGAUGAACAAUGAUUUAACAUCACCGUACAUGUUAAAAAGUUUCAAAGAAAAUUGUGGAACCAAUAUUAAUCAAUUAUAUCAUUUGUUGUCAUUUGAUUAUACAUGUAUCGAGUCGUUUAUGUUUCUGAUGUUGUUUUAACAAUAUGCAACAGAAUUUUAGGUAUAUCAUGUUCUCAUGAUAAUGCUUGAAUAGUUUUCAUUCAUUUUCAUUUUAAGCUGUGCUAAAGAAUUGUAAUAAAUAUUAUUAAACAUA